CUGAGUCAAUCUCUGAACGGAGGAUAACAGGAAGUAUAACUGAAACGUGAAAGCAGUAGUUUGAAUAUGCUUGACAUUUAUUUUUUAAAGUAAUACAGUAAACAAUAACAGUAAACUGCUAAUAUCUGGCGUGUAAAAAUGAAUUUGCUGAGAGGAUACGAUGUGUGCUGCGGACUUGAGAACCUGGCCGUUUAUGUUGAACGAGUACUCUCCAGAGCAUGUAAGCGGGCCUGGCGCUGAUCAGGAUCCCAGUGAGAUUACCUAUCUAGGAUGUGACUGCGUGUCUACUUCCUGUAGGCCGGACUCCUGCUCUUGUCUUCAACACCACGGCGAGUCGUACGAUGAAAACCUGUGUCUCAGAGACUGCGAGAGAAAGGAGACCGACUUUUCCAGGCCUGUUUUUGAGUGUAAUGUCAUGUGUAAAUGUAGCGAAGCCUGCAAGAACAGAGUUGUGCAGAGAGGUCUGGGAUACAGGCUUCAGAUGUUUAAGGGUGGGACCAAAGGAUGGGGUCUGCACACAAUGGAGUUCAUCCCGAAAGGGCGCUUCGUGUGCCAGUAUGCCGGAGAGGUCAUUGGUUUGGCUGAAGCUCGCAGAAGAUUGCAAUCCCAGAAGCCUGGUGAUAUGAAUUACCUCAUAGCAGUGAAGGAGCACAUAGACGGUGGAAAAAUGAUUGAAACUUUUGUAGACCCAGCUGUUGUUGGAAAUGUGGGAAGAUUCCUCAACCACUCCUGCCAGCCCAAUUUGUUCAUGGUACCUGUACGUGUGAACUCCGUGGUGCCCAAACUGGCGCUGUUUGCUGGGCGGGACAUCCUGGCAGGGGAGGAGCUGAUGUACGAUUACUCGGGAAGGUAUAAAAAUGUGACUGAAAAAGCCUCAGUUCAAGAAACGACAGACAUUGACCUCGUGGAACGCAAACCCUGUUACUGCGGAGCCGAGACCUGCAGUGGUUUCCUGCCUUUUGACAUUUCUGUCAUGAACAGUGGUUAAAUAUCCAUUUAAAAUGCAAUUGGAAUUUAUUAUUAACACGUGUGUUAAUUAACAUGCAAGUGCAGAGUAGACAAACUGGUAUUGCUGUUCUCAAUGGGUUCUUUUUCUUCUAGAAUAUUCAAUAAUAGAUAGAUGGACUGAUAGAUGCAGGAAUUGUAGAUCAUCUUAUAUCGAGUGGAUGCUGUAGAUAGAUCAUCCAUAACUCUAAAACACUCAAUAGUGCUACAUUUAGAAAUACUAAAAGAAACGGAAUACAUUCAAUGACAAACUUUUUGACUAGAAGUCUUUCUCGGUGUCUUCAAUGAAAAAGACUUGUGGUUGAAACGAUUGUCCCAGAAUAUGCUGUCUACAUUUUACUAUUAUACUGCACUGUUGGUGCUAGUUAUAUGAAUCAGUACUGUCUUAUGUAUGCAAAAUAAACAAGAUUCUAUUAUUUGUGUACAUUUACAUGCAAGCAAUCAUAUUUAAUAAAGGCUAGGAGAGAUGUCAUGUUUAUAUUAUUAUUAUUAUUAUUUUAAUAAUCAGCACAAUCUAUACAUUUCUAGCGAUGUUACAGUGUAUUCCAGGGAAAGUAUGAUUUGCGGUACACUCAAGAUAUGUUGCUGAAUCUGGUAAAUUCACAGAAUAAAGAAGAAAUGCUGUUGUUACUUA